CGGCAGAGCUGCAGUGGCAGUCUGAGGCGGUGGCUAGGUGUUCCCGGUGUGUACGUGUAGCCCUCGGCAAGAUCUCCAGAAUACCAAUUUCUGUGAGGAGCACCAAACAGAUCAAAUUAACAGAAACACAUGGACCAUUAAGUCUUCCAAAAAUGAGCAAAUUCAUACCUUUCUACUGGAACCCAGAGUGUCUUGUAAAAGAGAGAAGAAUCCAAUGUUGGACUGUCUUUGACCUUACGCUCAGUGCAGCUUCAGAGAGCAGUUUGGUUUAUCUAACCUGAAGAGGAAGCAUAUGGACAACAAGCCAAGAGGACAUGGGCUUUCAGUGCACUUGGAAAAAUGAUCAGGCAUCAGAACUGGUCCUGGGGCCAUUUGUUGCAUCUGAAUUGUGUAUCGUUAGUUCUCUAAGCACCGUAUCGUACUACCUGUUUCAUGCACAUGCACGGCACCAUGGCCAGUCCUCAGGAGCACCUGAGCUGGCCUUCCUCUACAAACUUGAUCAACAAAACUUUCAGUGAAGACAAAGACUUCAGUGGGAUACAUGGUGAUCAUGCACCCACCGGAAACCAUCCUUCACCUGAGAUCAUAGAGGAUGUGCGAGAGAAGGGCUUACUUCAGGCAGAUCUAAUAGAAAGUUUGGGCAGUCCAGUCACCACAGCGGUGUUAACCAGCGUCAGCGAGGACUCUAGGGACCAAUUUGAGAACAGUGUGCUGCAGUUGAGAGAACAGGAUGAAGCUGAAACAGCUGUGCCUCAGGGCAACAGUAACACGAUGGAUGUAGAGAAUAACAGUGGGACAGAUGACAUUAAAAUCCAGUUCAGCAGAUCCGGGAGUGGGAGCAGUGGGUUUCUUGAGGGACUUUUUGGCUGUUUGAGGCCAGUAUGGAACAUCAUAGGGAAAGCAUACUCCACAGACUACAAACUGCAGCAACAAGAUACAUGGGAAGUUCCAUUUGAGGAGAUCUCAGAGCUGCAGUGGUUGGGCAGUGGAGCACAAGGAGCUGUCUUCUUAGGCAAAUUCCGAGCGGAGGAGGUGGCAAUCAAGAAAGUGAGAGAACAGAAUGAAACAGACAUCAAGCACUUGCGGAAGCUGAAGCAUCCUAACAUCAUAGCCUUCAAGGGAGUUUGCACUCAAGCCCCAUGUUACUGUAUUAUCAUGGAGUACUGUGCACAUGGACAGCUCUAUGAAGUGCUACGAGCAGGUCGGAAAGUCACGCCUCGGCUGCUUGUGGACUGGUCCACAGGGAUCGCAAGUGGAAUGAAUUAUUUACACCUUCAUAAAAUCAUCCACCGAGACCUCAAGUCACCAAAUGUAUUAGUUACUCAUACAGAUGCAGUAAAAAUUUCAGAUUUUGGUACAUCUAAAGAACUCAGUGAUAAAAGUACAAAAAUGUCCUUCGCGGGCACCGUGGCUUGGAUGGCCCCAGAGGUGAUACGGAAUGAGCCCGUCUCUGAAAAAGUGGAUAUAUGGUCAUUUGGGGUAGUUUUGUGGGAGCUGCUUACAGGAGAGAUUCCAUACAAGGAUGUAGACUCCUCAGCUAUCAUCUGGGGAGUGGGCAGUAACAGCCUGCACCUUCCUGUCCCUUCCACCUGUCCAGAUGGGUUCAAAAUCCUCAUGAAGCAAACAUGGCAGAGCAAGCCCCGGAACCGUCCCUCUUUCCGACAGACGCUGAUGCACCUAGACAUUGCAUCUGCUGACGUUCUUGGCACCCCUCAGGAGACUUAUUUUAAAUCCCAGGCUGAAUGGAGAGAAGAAGUAAAGAAGCACUUUGAGAAAAUUAAGAGUGAAGGAACUUGCAUACACCGGCUAGAUGAAGAGCUAAUUCGUCGCCGAAGAGAAGAGCUCAGGCACGCGUUAGAUAUCCGUGAACAUUAUGAGAGGAAGCUAGAGCGAGCCAAUAACUUGUACAUGGAGCUCAGCGCCAUCAUGCUGCAGCUGGAGGUCCGCGAGAAGGAGCUUAUUAAACGGGAACAAGCUGUGGAAAAGAAAUAUCCUGGGACUUACAAACGUCAUCCAGUCAGACCAAUAAUCCACCCCAUUGCGGUAGAGAAGCUGAUGAAGAGGAAAGGGGUCUCUCAUAAGCCAGGGAGCCAGACGAAACGGCCAGACCUGCUGAAAUCAGAGGGCAUAUCCAGUGCGGAGGUGGCACCCAAUGGCUCACCAGUCUCAGGAAGUCCCAAAAUGUCAACACUCAGUAACAAAGGCCGAUACCGCUGCAAACCACGUCACCGACGAGGGAACAGCAAAGGCAGCUAUAAUGAAUUUGCAGGGAUCUUGAAAAAUCAGCCAGCCCACGACAACUCACCACAGCCACCUCAUCAUCAUCAUCAUCCUCAUUCUCAUCUUCCCAGCCUACAGCAGCACCAGCAGCAUAGCCACCCCCAUUACCAUGGCCAUCACCCCAGGUUAAACAUCCAGGGGCAAGACAUCGCGAACUGUGCGAACAACCUGAGGUACUUUGGCCCUGCAGCAGCCCUGCGGAGCCCUCUCAGUAACCAUGCCCAAAGGCGCAUGUCCGGCUCCAGCCCCGAUCUCAUCUCUACUGCUAUGGAAGCAGAUUGUCGGAGGAAUUUGGAGAAUGAGGAACACAAGGUUGAUCACUGGCAGUGUUGUAAAGCAGACCCACACAACCCCUGUCCUCAGUGCAGGCAGGUGAACAGUGGUCAGAAACAGAUGCCGUCCACUGAACCAGGGAUGAACCACCCUGAAUCAACAACAUGUGGUCCCUUGUAUGAAAAGGCCCAGCUUCCUGAAAAGAUGGAGGAGGAAGACCUCAACAGCUGCAAGUCAGUGUCCUUGCUAGGCACUCCUCAACACCAGGCUGCCCCAGUGCUACCUUGCAAACCGAGACCUAUUCAAAAGAGUGGUGACGACUCUUCAGAACAGGAAGAAGGAGAAGUGGACAGUGAAGUGGAGUUCCCACGGAGACAGAGAACCAGGCACAGUUUGGAGAAUCGGAUUGUGACUCUUCCGAGGGGGAGUGUUCUGAUGCAACCGUCAGGACCAAUAAGCCCUGCAGUUCUGCUACUUGGUAAUGACAAAUUCCCCACGAAAGUCCUCCUGAUACUGGCAUUUGGAUUCCCCAAGACUCCCUUCAUUUCCCCCACCCCCUCAUACUUUGACAGGAAGAGAAACUGAUUCUCCUUCCCAUCCCAGAAAUGAUCUGCAAUAACUUGAAUCUCUGGAAAAAUGUCCAAAUGAAAUUAAUUCUCACUGAGCAUUUCAAUCAAGAAUGGCAGGGAUGUAUUUUAUUGAAUAAUCUAGCUACUGUAACAUUGAUAUUUAUUUUUAUUUUUUUUUACAUUUUAACACUUUUUACUGUAAAGAGUGGACUAUAUAUCAAGAGAGACAAUAAUUUGUUGCAAAAAAGUUAAGAAAGCAAGCAAAUGAGAGACACAUCCUUGUGAGUCUUACAUAAAUAGCAUGAUGGACACAUCAGAAUCUACUGCUGCUCUCCCAAGGGACCAGACCUCAUGGCCCUAAAUGUUGGAGAAUAGAUAAAGAGAAACAAACCAAUCAGUUUUAUCAAAUGAAGAAGCAUAAGAGAAACCUUGCUAAAAGGUAACCUAUGAACAAAUGGCAUUCAGUAUAACCAGCUGGGUCACUUUUAAUCAGAAAGUGGACAUGUUCCUGGAGAAAUUUGGUACCAAGGUGCUUACAUCCAGGGUCUUCUGAAUCAAUACAUUCCCCCAGGAAUGUGAUAAUGGGGGUUAAUUUAUGGGGUUUUGGUUUAUUUUUUAAUCAGCAUUUUGUUGUGAGAUCCUGCAGAUGUAUUCUAACCUCAUUCUCUCUCAAGACUUGGUAUAACAGCACUUUUUACCAUCACCAAUCAUCUUCACUAUGGCAGACAAAACAGUGUGAAUUUCCAGCUGAGCAGAGAAAGAUCUUUCAGCUGCAGAGUGCCAUUUUCCCACAGUUUACUUCCUCUCUUUACUUCCCAUUCGCCCAUUUGUUUCCUUCGAUUAAAAAAAAAAAAUCAAAUCAGUGCUGGAAACACAAGAAGAAUGGAAAGCACAUUCUGCAAAGCCUGAGAACUAGUCUGGGGAAGAAACCGGAGACACCUGUACUGAACCUUCAGCGGCAACCUCUCACCUAUCAUAACAUCACACAGCUGGCCAGCGCCAAGGGAGACAGCUGUGUAUUGGGAGCAAACCAGGGAAUACGUUGGCCUGGACAACAGUAUCAACCCUCCCUUUGUUCUGUUUAUUAAUGAUUUGGUUUUGGAAGCAUUAACAGCUGCCUGCCCUUCAUGUCAGGCUUGGUGUAAAACAGAAAGCAAAAUUUGGAUUCAGUUACCUAAGGGGUGGGUGGGAGAGGAGAGAGCACUUGAUUUUGGUUGUGGGUGUUUUAUGUGGGGGACCUCAAAGAGUGUAUCCCACUUCUGUAAAUUCCAGCCUGGAGGAGAAACUGAUGCAUUGUGGGGGUAUCUGAAAGGCAGAGGCACUGACAUUUGAGUGACCAGCCUAGCACUCCCAGGGGCCUCACUGGGCCUUCCGUUCAGAAACAAACGGCUCCUUUUAACUGACACACAGAACAAAGAUUUUAGUCCGUUUCUCAGUUAUUUUCCCUCUGGAACAAUUUCAGCUCUGCUUCAAGAGACCUGGGAAAGGCAGCUUCUCUUCCUCAUGGUCUGGCUAGCAUGGAUAGAGCAGUGUGUCCUGGGGAAAUCAGCCCUCUUAUAGAAGCCAUGCAUGAGCCUCAGAUGACCGGCAGGAAUGGACCGUAGGCAGGUUCUUCUGUUGCUUUGUUUGUUUACAUUUUAUGUUAAAAUGUUGAUUUGAACGUAGCCUUGAUAAUUUAUAGCCUAGUGGCAAGAAUGAAGGAAAAUGUUUUGCUUAUACAAAGAGCAGUAUUGUAUGAGUUAAAUUAUUCCAUAUUUUAAAAUUUUUGUAGCUGGACUACAUGUAGAUCUUAAGUUAUUACAUUAUUUUAUUUAUUAACUUUUCUGUAGAUCAGAAGGUUGGCUUUACUGCUAGCACAAUUGUUCUCUCUUCAUGUGAUGUUAUUUCCUUCUUGUGCAUCAUAGAAGGAUGGGAGCAGAGCUGGUUUCAGGGACUGUCAGUAUUUGCUCCCCUGCUGUGACCUCUGCUGGUGUCAUGCAGAGCACAGUCAUUCUGGAGGCUGUGUCAGUCUGGGCUGGCCUGCAAGGCGAAGGAGGAGGUACUCAGUUUCAUGGGCUUUAGAGAUCUUCCACACGGGUGAAACUGUGCAGUUUGGGUUUGCUCCUGAUUAUCGGAGGGACAGCAGAGUGUGAGUGUUGGGGGGCUAGAGGGGAGGCAGAUGGACUGAGGGGAAAGGGUUGGACAGGAGUGAGUGCUUUAUAGUGAGAAAUAAGCAAAAAGUUUUGAGCGAGCUUCUCUGGAUAAGCAUUCUGGGCUGCUAGUACAGAGCAGGGCAUCAAUUCUAGUGGUAGUGCUACAGAGGAGGACCCAAAUGCUCGCAUAAAACAGCUAGAUAAAGGAGGAGAGAGGACCAACAGCCACCCUGUAGAAAUUGAAGGCAGGGGCCAGACUGACCACCACAAAUGCAGGGGGGACCAAAUUCAGUGUGCCAGGGAUGGGGAGGUUCACCCCAAAAUGGAAUGCUGAUGCCUGGCCCUGCAGAGAGCUUUAAGCUCCAGCAGAGGCUGUGCUGCUAAGGGUGAUCUGGACUGUGAUGUGCAGAGAGGGCACCCAUGUGCCAAGCCAGCCCUGCUCACCUGAGAUGUCAAGUGUUUUUUUAAGAGAGUGCUCAUUUCCCAAGGCAGCCGUAGAGCAUAGGCAAGAAGGGACCGUCCGACCUCAUGCUGUAGACUGCCAGAGCCCUGAGUUAGGUGCUUCAACUCUAUAUCAAUCAGACCCUGCCUGAGAAGGCAUGAAGGAUUCCCUGGUGCCCACAGGAGUUGUUUUGCCAGCACGCAGAGAUAGUGGUAGCCCCUGGUGAGUGACAUGAGGGAGUUCUCUGAAAGUUCUUAGACUUACAGUAGCACCUGCUAACAUAUACUGAGAAGCAUGUGAGUUUUGUGGCCCUACCUGCUUUCUGUACUGUACGCCUCUUUAGGCUUCUUCAUGGCCUUGCCUUCAACCACAUUGCUCAGCUCCACUGUCUGUCACAAUCACUCCUCACUCUCAUGGAGAGGCAGUACAAAAUCAUCCCCUUUGGUGUGAGCACUCUCUGCCCUAGCAUUGGUCUGCUGCCCCUGUUCAUACUCAGAGGCACUUCCCCCAUUACCUGCUGGCAGGUAUCUGAAAUUCUGCCAACAGCUAGUGCCUCCCUCAGGACUCCUUCUAGUGUUUUUGCUCCUUGUACACUGGUAGCAUGCGGACAGCAGCUAUGCUGUAUGAGGUGCCGGGCUCUCCUGGGUCAUGACUGGAUCUUGGUGUGCACUGUGCAAUAGCUCAGGCAGCCCGAGUGCACCUGUGCUUGUCUCCAUCCCAGAAGGUUCAACAUGGUCUAGUUUUGCAUCUGCCCUUAAUUGAAGGCAUGUGCACUUUUCCCAGCAGAGUAUACCAUGCAUGUGAGGAUGUCCUGGCACUGGAGCCCCUGGCCUACAUUCCACACACACUCAUGGCAGCUUCCCUCUAACGUUCCAAACCUCUACACACCCUGAAACAACAGGUAGUUAAAAAGGAAAAACCUACCAGAGCCAAUCACCCCCAAUUUUACUGGGCCAAGGAUCAAAGCAGGCAGCGGUCAGGUGUAGGUCAGAAGCAAUUUUAAGGUCCAAGAUCUUGUCAUCAGAAACUGUGAAGCCCUGGGAUCUGGAUAUUUCAGUUCUUGCUUCUGUCCCGAGAUAUCGGGCCUCAAACAUGCCACACUAUAGCACAUAGAACAACUAUUACUUGUGGAAGUUUCCAACCUAUUAUUUAGUCCCCGUCAGACUAGAUGACCUAAUGGUCCUAUCCAGCCUUGAACUAUGAUCAUUUCUGGGCUCCCCUUGCCCAGGGUGCUGCACACUUGGAUUUAUGUCACUCAGGCAGGCUGCCUUUCCAAGCCAAGGGAUGGAGCAACAGCCUGAGCUGUUUUUAAAAACUCCUUGAAACAUCAGUGAAAUAGUUUGCUCUGUAAACCAUGUCUUAUCCAGCAUAGGUUGCUGCAGGGCGUUCAGGGGUUUGUUUUGGAGUGCUGGCUUUGUCACUCACAAAAAGUGCUGCUAUAACUGAUAGCACAUCCCAUCGCCACUGUCCCUCCAUAAGGGCAGGGCCUCACACAUCGCUGUAUGUCUGAUUCCACAGCACUGGGAGCUUUUAUAAAUAGUGUGCAGAGGGUGAAAACCAAACCAAGGUAUAGGAGUAGGAUAAAAGUCCUAAGGCUACAGGUGCUGGCGCUCCUGAGGAGUGCUAGGUACCAUAUUUCUGAACGGGGGUUGAGUUUAUGAAAGUAUUCAAGGAACAAGGUUGCCUGAGGAAUACUGUAGUAAGGAUCAUAAUCUGACCUGUGACGUGAAUAAAAUCCAUGCACCUGUGCCAGUGUUGGUGCAGUCUGAUGUGCCAAGGUAGGAAGGAGCAGGCCAGGUUUUGUAUUUCCAGGCAAUAGUUCUGUAACGUCUGCAAAGGAAUGUGUCCAUUGUAUUGCAAAGUCUAGACUUCAUUCACUGGUUAGACUGUAGCUCUUAGGAAGGUGAGAACUAGAGGCCAAGGCUGUAAGCCCAGUGUAACCUCACCGAAGCAUGUUGACUUACUGUGGAUUUACACGGGUGGAGCUGAGCGCAGGUGCCGCUGUCUGGCUUGAGUGCACAGUUUGCACUAGGGGAUUACAAAGGGUGAGCUGCAGGUGGAAGCACUAGUAACAGUGCCAUUCAGCCUGGGCACGGGCAGGCUCGAAAUGCCCAGAGAACAGCCCCGUGAGUAGACAGGCUACUUCAUUUUCUUUUCUUCCCUAUAAACUCUCCCUCCCAGGAGAAGGGUGAGUUGUGGGCUCACUGCCCACUCCUCACCCAGCAUGGCUUCUGACAGCUCCUCAACACCAGCCUGGCUUCUGGCGUUUAUGGUUAAUGUUGUUUUUCCCACUGUGUGUUAAAAGUGACCAUUUCAUCUCAGCCCUUCCCAGUGUCUCACAUCUCCCUUUUUCUCCUCCUUGCGCUGUGGCUUCCUGAUACAAACUUGAUUUCUGUACUGAACAGUGUACAGUGAUGGGAACAAGAAUGAGUGUCAAAGCAAACAAAUGCAUGGAAUAAAAAGCCAGUGUACUUCAA